AUGGAACACCAAAUCAAGAUAUUCAUGGAUAAACCUGAGCCUCAAGACACGAUGAGUGACCACACGGCGUCCACUAUUAUAGCUGAACUUGACAGCGUGAAUCUCAAGCCCGGUCAAAUGGUGGUCCAAAUUGUCACCCCAGAGGGAGCCAGAAGAUUCAUCCCUCUUCGACCAGCCCUAUUUCGGGAGUGCAUAGGAUUCUGGAGAACUGAAACAACUUCGUUUCUACCGUAUCAGAUAUUUAUUGCUAUGAGAAAUAUUUCACCAAAAGAUGUGGAAAUAUCUCCAGAUGGGCAGUCCAUUCAGGCUGCUAUGGUGGAAGAUCUUCAACACCAACCCUUCAACAAUUCUAUGCAUGGGGAUUUAACUUGUCUUGCACAGCUAUUGGGAAAGGAAAUAACACUUCCAUUGCCAGAUGGCAUCCCGGUACGUUCUGGCCAAGGAAUCUUUUAUGAUGAUUCUGUUCCUGGUGAAUUGAAGUGCAUCAAGCCUGUAGACUCCAACCCUUACGCUGUCCGAGAUGGGGUUUGGCAGAUUGAGGCUUAUAUGAGUGGAUGUCGAGGAGUCAGUCGUUACACAGCUCCUCUUCAAGAUCUUCGAGAAUGGCUAUGUAACACAGUGGCUAGAGAUGGAUUGAUGUCAUACGAAUCUUUACGUGUUUCUAAUUUGAGCCAGGAGGUUUGA